AGCAAAAACCUCCAUGAUGUCCACUACAUACUUGCUGGUUUUGCUACUAGGAGUGGUGGCUCUCACCACUCCCUCUUUUGGUACCUACGAGUCACCCGACUAUGGCAAACCACCUUCUCCUGUUUACAAGCCACCCUAUGGCAAAUCACCUCCAAAUUAUGAACCACCAAAGAAAGAGAAACCUGAGCCUAAGCCACCGGUCCAUGAGCCACCAAAGAAAGAGAAGCCUGAACCCAAACCACCGGUCUAUGAACCCCCAAAGAAAGAGAAACCCGAGCCUAAGCCACCGGUUUAUACUCCUCCAAAGAAAGAGAAGCCUGAACCCAAACCACCGGUCUAUGAGCCCCCAAAGAAAGAGAAACCCGAGCCUAAGCCACCGGUUUAUACACCUCCAAAGAAAGAGAAGCCUGAACCCAAACCACCGGUCUAUGAACCCCCAAAGAAAGAGAAACCCGAGCCUAAGCCACCGGUUUAUACUCCUCCAAAGAAAGAGAAGCCUGAACCCAAACCACCGGUCUAUGAGCCCCCAAAGAAAGAGAAACCCGAGCCUAAGCCACCGGUUUAUACACCUCCAAAGAAAGAGAAGCCUGAACCCAAACCACCGGUCUAUGAGCCCCCAAAGAAAGAGAAACCCGAGCCUAAGCCACCGGUUUAUACACCUCCAAAGAAAGAGAAGCCUGAACCCAAACCACCGGUCUAUGAGCCGCCAAAGAAACCACCAACGUAUGAGCCUAAGCCCCCAAAGCCACCGGUUUAUGCACCACCAAAGAAAGAGAAGCCUGAACCCAAACCACCAGUCUAUGAGCCUCCAAAGAAACCUCCGACGUAUGAACCUAAACCACCAAAGCCACCGGUCUAUACACCACCGAAGAAAGAGAAGCCUGAACCCAAACCACCAGUCUAUGAACAUCCAAAGAAGCCUCCAACGUAUGAGCCUAAGCCACCAAAGCCACCGGUUUAUACACCACCAAAGAAGCCUCCAGUGUAUGAGCCACCUUAUGGUCACUAUCCAGGACACCCUCCAAUGGGGAAGCCCUAAUUGAAUGGUCCCAUCAGCUGGCAGCUAUUAUGGCUAUUUAGAUAGAUGAGUAACCAUAAUACAAUAAGAGUUGCUACCUAAUCAUGUUUAGUUUCCUUGUUCGUCAUGUAGGCAUGUUUUCUUCCAUGUCAUGUCAGCGAGAUUGCUGAUGGAUGUACUAGUUGGAUUUCCUAUUCUGCAUCUUCUUGUUUUUCAAUAAGAAUAUAUCCUGA